AUUAGAGAGGGGGGAGAGAAGCAUUUGAUAGAAUAAUGACAGUUAGGGAGGGAGGGAGAGGCGGAUUGUGAGAGAGAAAGAGAGAGAGAGAAGGGGAGCAGCGGUUGCAGUGAGUCUUGUUUGCUGAUGCCAGAGCCUGCGAGAUCAGUGACAGCAAAGCUCCGUGACCAGCUGUGCUCUGUUCACGCACCCACUCGCGCACACAUUCUGUUGCAUACACACACACACACACACACACACACACACACACACACCCUCACGCUGGACACUGGGCAAACGGACCGCCGUGGGACCGACAGACCACACACACACAGCGCUGAAGUGGGUCAGAGGAUCGCCAAUGUGGAGGAAGCAGCAGCUGAGUCCCCGUCCCAGGUGUGUGGUGCAGUGAUCCGGCACCAGUGAGGAAGAGCGGGGGCAUGGCGUGCCGUCCCGGCCUGGCUCUGCUCGGCCUGCUGCUCCAGCUGCACGCGGCUGCGGUCCUGUCCGAGGCCGCGGGCUGCCCGCUGCGCUGCGACUGCGUGCCCCAGCAGAAGUCGGUGCUGUGCGCCUACAAGCGUCUGAGCGCCAUCCCGGAAGCCAUCCCCGCCGACACACGCCUGCUGGACCUCAAGGGCAACAAGCUGCGCUGGGUAGAGCACGGCGACCUGGCGGCGUUCGGGCGCCUGGAAGAGCUGGACCUGAGCGAGAACAGCAUCAGUGUGCUGGAGCCUAACGCAUUCGCCGAGCUGCGGAGCCUGCGCAUGCUGCGCCUGCGUGCCAACCAGCUCAAGCUGGUGCCCAUGGGCGCCUUCUCACGCCUGGCCAACCUCACCACACUGGACCUGAGCGACAACAAGAUCGUCAUCCUGCUGGACUUCACCUUCCAGGACCUGAACAGCCUACGCAACCUGGAGGUGGGAGACAAUGACCUGGUGUACAUCUCCAACAAAGCCUUCCUGGGCCUGGUUGGCCUCCGGGAGCUUACCAUCGAGCGAUGCAACCUGACGUCCAUCUCGGGCCAGUCGCUGUCCUACCUGCGGAGCCUGGUGACUCUGCGGCUGCGCUACCUCAGCAUAGCAGCCCUGGAGGAGCAGAACUUCCGGAAGCUGGGCGGCUUGCGGGGACUGGAGAUUGACCACUGGCCCCUGCUGGAGUACAUCUCCCCGCACAGCUUCCAGGGCCUUAACCUGUCCUGGCUGUCCAUCACCAACACCAACAUCACCACCGUGCCCACGAGCGCGCUCCGCAACCUGGUCCACCUCAGCAGCCUCAACCUGUCGCACAACCCCAUCUCCGUGCUGGAGUCCUGGGCACUGCGGGACCUGCUGCGUCUCAAGGAGCUGCACAUGGUGGGCACGCGACUGCUGCAGGUGCAGCCGUACGGACUGGGAGGCCUGCGGCAGCUCCGGCUGCUCAACCUGUCCGACAACGGGCUGGUGACACUGGAGGAGGGCUCUUUCCACUCGGUCAACACGCUGGAGACGCUGCGGGUGGACGGCAACCCUCUGGCCUGCGACUGCCGUCUGCUGUGGAUCCUGCAGCGGCGCAAGACGCUCAACUUCAACGGCCGCGCGCCGGUUUGUGCCGCACCAGUGGAGGUGCAGGGCAAGUCGCUCAGCGACUUCUCCGACUCGGCGCUCUUCGACCACUUCACAUGCCAGCGGCCAAAGAUCCGCAACCGCAAGCUGCAGCAGGUGAGUGCGCGCGAGGGCCAGCAGGUGUCGUUCGCGUGCCGCGCCGAAGGCGAGCCGGCGCCCAUCAUCUUCUGGAUCUCGCCGCAGCGCCGGCGCAUCACCACUAAGAGUGCCGGCCGCGUCACCGUGCUGCCCGAGGGCACGCUGGAGAUUCGCUACGCCCAGAUGACCGACAGCGGCACCUACAUCUGCAUCGCCAGCAACGCCGGCGGCAACGACACUUACUUCGCCACGCUCACUGUCAGCGGGCUGCCUCUGGACGCCGCCCUGGUGGUCAACCGCACGUACUACGUGGGCGACCUCAACGACACCAGCCUGAACGACACGCGCGUCUUCCUCAAGUUCACGCUGGACCUCAAGACCAUCCUCAUCUCCACGGCGAUGGGCUGCAUCACCUUCCUGGGCGUGGUGCUCUUCUGCUUCCUGCUGCUCUUCAUCUGGAGCCGCGGCCGUGGUCAGCACAAGAACAACUUCUCCGUGGAGUAUUCCUUCCGGAAGGUGGAUGGCCCCUCGGCCAGUGGAGGCCAAGGAGGCGCCCGGAAGUUCAACAUGAAAAUGAUCUGAGGAAGAAAAACAUGGUGUGGAGAUAAGCCACGGGACUCUGCUGUUACCUCCAUAGGUAGACAGGGUACAUGUGAAAAGCCACAGCUUAAACCUCUGAUAUGACUGUUUUCCUGCCCUGUGCAUAUUUUUGUGAAUAGACUUUGAUCAUUUUAAGGAUCUCCGAUUUCUAGUAGGUCUUCUAUCAACUCUCUUUUCAUCUGUUGCAUCAUUGUGAGCGCCUUCUCGUCCGCAGAAGGCUCUUGAUCAUCACCAGCUAGAGUCAGGUUUAUGAUGUCAGUAAGUCACAGGUUGUUUACAGUGGCCCCAGAACCACAUAAGUCAAUUGCUGUUUGUAGGGUAGGCUAGGCCUGAGGAUAUGCCACUGUUAGAAAACAUAUAAGCAUACCCAUGUCUAAGUGUAAAUGUGAAAACUCUCAGAGGAGGAAUAAGGGAUAUUUAUUUAUGAUUUUCUUUAAAAAAAAAAGAAACAGAACUGAGGCCUUAGCUAAAGGUGAAGACUGUACAAACUCAAAGACUAGGGCUUGCUCUCUUUGAAGGACUUUUAUCAUUCCAGCAGAGGAAGUAGAAAGCAAUCUCCAUAAUGCUUACGAUGCAUUACCACAGGGUGCUCUCUGGAUGCCAAGGAAUUGCCAAUACUUCUCAAAAGUUCCUCCGACAGUAACUCAUUUAGUAAUAAGGCCCUCCUCAAUGGAAACAUACUAAUGUUCUGCCCCGAUCCUGAGAUUAGGGGAGUGUUGUUCCUGGUGCCAUCUUAAGAGAUAUUGACUGAACUUGGAAUCUUUACCUGAAAUGUAAUAGAUUUGGCUCAUUGGCGUGUUGUUUACGAUUCUGCUUAAAAUCUUGAUGUUAUGGUCACAUGACAAAGAAAAGUUCAUUGGCCCUGAAGUAUGGUUGACCAAUAAUUCUAUUCCAGACUGAGAUUUCAAGUUUGUGAGUAUCUCUUGAGUUGGGAAGUGAAGUUAUAAGCCACACAUUUAGGACUGUCAAUCAGGUUAGUGUCAUAUUGCUAUGUACGCUAUCCAACACUGCUCAACACUGCCAAAAUAGAUGCCUCAUUGUGAUAAAAGCAUCCCUCACAUGCAAAGCAUUGUAGGCAAGACUCCUGUCUUCAAUCAAGCCAAGGAGCUAGAAAUGCUCCACACCCAAACUAUCUCUCUUUCACGCACACAUCCCCAGACUAUUUAUCUUUCACAGUCAAACAUGCACACACAUGGAUAGACAGACAGACAGACAGACAGACAGACACACACACACACACACACACACACACACACACACACACACACACACACACACACACACACACACGCUCAUGUGAGGAAGUGAAAACUUCCGUAUGCGUCCAGACAGAUGUCCUCCCUUUUACAUACCCAGCAGUAAGUAAAACCUUACUGUGCCAUGCCAACAUGUCUGGUAUCUAAAGGUGUACAGAAAUGUGGACCACUGAACAUGUGUUUUGUACAUAUGGCUGUUGUGAGUGAGUGUACAGAUUUGUUGUGUCAUUUUGAUAUUCUGUAGUGAUUGUGUUUGAUCUGUUAAAGGUUUUGUCACAACAAAGUAAUAUUUCAAAUGUUCUACUUUUCAGUGGAAGUGCUUUCAGUGGUUUGAUAUUACAAAAUGGCUCUCCUGUGAAAGUUUUGAUAGUAACUAGCUGAUAGUAACUAGCUGAUUUCUUUUGUAAAGAUAUGGUCAAGGACAUAGGCCGCCUCUCAGACUCAUCCCAGCCUUUAGAGCCUGUGAUCUACACUGCGUCCCAUUCCGCAUCCUUCUGGACUUUCAAUACCUUUGAGUGUGUAAGUGCAUUCACACUGAUAAUUCUGGCAAAAAGCACUGCACUGCAAGUAUGCAGAUGGUGCACUCAGAAUGGUCAAAGCUGGACACUUUUCACGCUCAACAGUCGCCAUCUUGAGUAUGUACCAGAAGGGACGGGGCCAUUUUGAGGGAGCUGGAGCUGCAGUGGUGGAAAA